ACCUGUUAACAUUAGCUGGUUAGCAUGAGCUAGUUAAGUUUGUUAGUGUUUGUUCGGUUGUGUGAAGACGGAAAAGAAUUAAAAGGCUUUACAAGCUUGACAUUCAUCACAUAUUUUCCGACUUUAACAUCAGCGUCACGAAAUGAUUUUGUUUAGAUUGAAUUUGAUUAUUUUUCAUUCCACGGAUCAGAGACGAUGAUCCAGUCUUUGUGUCUGUUGGUGCCAUUUUUUCUAAAUUACUAUUUAUUACUUCAUUUUCAGUUAUCUCAGUUUUGUAAUGUGAUUGAUUUAUUUUUCUAUGGCGACAUAGUUCUGUGUCGCAGUAGAAAUAAGAAAUGUUGACCAGUGACUGGUGACACGUACAUUACUGAUAUUUGAUUGGCUGAUUUUGAUCACAUGAAAAGUAGAUCAGAAGUCUCUGAACUUGGUGAAAUGGAGUCUUUAACCUACGCUGCAUGUCAGUUGGUUUGAUAGAAAAGUCUAGAUUUUAUUUGUUUUUUGUGUAAUUUUUAUUUUUACCAUUAAACAAUGAAAAAAGAACUUGGUUUUAAGACCUUUGUUUUCUGAUGUGCACCCUGAGGUCCAGAGCUAGUGAGUCAGCCCUGCUGCACCCAUGUCAAACUAGUCAGACCAGUACACAUUUCUACCUUCAUUAGAACUAAAGAUGGAGUUUAAGAACAACAAAGAGAAAUAUUUGUUUCAACAUUCUUAAGCGUUUACAUAACUUUUGUUGCUUAUGUGCUUGUCACAAACGUUUCUGUUCACGAGCGUGUAAGACGGAAGUAAAGUCGUGUUUCCAAUGACACCAUCCCCUGUAGUUUGGGCUACUUGGUACGGGAGACUUAUAACUGGUUUCCAGUGUCUCCAAAGCUCAGAAAGGUCUACAAAGCCAUAUGAGACCAUCAACUGUGGGAGAAACCCUUACAGAUAACCAAGGUGUGUGCCACGCGUUGGCUCUCUUUUCAACCAGCAGUUUCAUUUAGACCAGUGGGAGGAGCUUAAACUGUGUUUCACAAUCACCAAGUCCAGUGAACACUGUUACAUGGCUGAAGUUUUAUACUCCAUGUACAGUGAUCCUCAAAACAUCUUGUAUCUGACUUUUAUGAAGUCAGUGCUUGGUGAGGUACAGUUGGCCAUCAAGGCUUUUGAGGAUGAGCAGGUAGAUCCUCUUAAACUUCUUCACAGCUUGGUUAGCCUGAUAAAGUCUGUAAGAAGCAGGGUGCUGAAUCCAACAGCAAAUACCGAGGUGCUCAAAGAGCCAGUUAAUGGACACAUCAGUCCCAAACCGUACCGUGGUUACCUUUUUGAGUCAAAGGCAGCUGAGCUCCACCUUGCACCUGAGGAGAAGAGCAAUGUAUGAAAGCGGUGUGUAGCUUUCACCAUCUCCCUCACUAAUGAGUUGAGGGUGAGACUGACGGACGACAUGGAAGCAUUGCAGGACAUGUCAGUCUUCAAUGUAGAGGAAACUCUAAAGCACAAUAAGAGCCUGGGACAAAUAGAAAAGAUAGCCAAUCUCAUUGUCUAUUCUCCUGUAGAGAUAGACAAGAUAGUCCAGAAAUGGUGUGCCAUCCAUCUCAAACAGAGAAACAUCACAGCUGAACCUGGACAUGACGUCUCUCUGCCAUGUAGAGCUGGACAUGAUGGAGGCAUCGAUGCUGUGGAGUGGACCAGACCUGAUCUGGGGUCAGAAUAUGUUUAUCUUAACAGAGACAGUCAUCCCGAUCCAGUCUUCCAGCAUCCAUUUUUCCAGAACCGGGUGGAUCUUCAGGACAGACAGAUGAAGGAUGGAGACGUGUCUCUGAUUCUGAAGAAGGUGACGACUAAUGAUACAGGAACAUAUGAAUGUAGAGUCUUCCAGAGAGGAACAAACCGAAGGCAUAGAGCCAUCUUGAAGUCUUAUCCCAUCAUCUCCAUCAUCCAUCUGGAAGUUUCUCCUCCAGGACAGACAAACAUCACAGCUGAACCUGGACAUGACGUCUCUCUGCCAUGUAGAGCUGGACAUGAUGGAGACAUCGAUGCUGUGGAGUGGACCAGACCUGAUCUGGAUUCGCCUAAAUAUGUUCUGUUGUUCAGGAACGAGCAACUUGAUCCAGAAAACCAGCAUCCAUCUUUCCAGAACCGGGUGGUUCUUCAGGACGGACAGAUGAAGGAUGGAGACGUGUCUCUGAUUCUGAAGAAGGUGACGACUAAUGAUACAGGAACAUAUGUAUGUAGAGUCGUCCAGAAAGGAAGAACCCGCAGGAAGAGAGCUAAUCUGAGCUCUGAUCCAAUCAGCAUCAUCUACCUGGAAGUUGUUAAACCAGAGAACCCUGCAGAAACCUCUGAGCUUUGGAAGUUGUUGCCGCUGGUUGAAGUUUUUUUAGUCUCCAUUGUUUUCAUCCUCUGUAUUUGUCUCUACCGAUGGAGGUCCAAGCCAGACCCUGAUACUCUUUAAAGGACCGACCUGGAUCCAGAGGCUGAGACAAGGAGGUGGGGGGUGGGGUGGGGGAUGGGGGGGUCCUCUGAGCUCCAAUCUGAC